UUUUAUUUUAUUUAAUUUCAUUUUACUUUAUUUUAUUAUCUUUCUAUUUUUUAUUUUCCCUCUUUCAUUCUCAAUAAAUAAUUCCUAGUGUUACGAAUUUACGCGCGUGAAAAAUUAUCGAUCGAUCUUAUCGAUCCUAUUGUCGAUAUUAUUAAUGAAAUCGAUCCGUGAACGUUGCGAACUCUCUUAUAUUUGGGUAAUUGAUUCGAAGUAAAGAAAAAAAGAAAAGAAGAAAAGAAAAAGAGGAAUGGAGAAAAAGAAAUAAUGAGUAAAUAAAAGAGUUUUUUUAAAAAGAAAAAGAAGAAGAAGAAGGAGAAGAAGGAAAAGGAACAAAAAGAAGAAGAAGAAGGAGAAAGGAAAAAAAAAGGAAGAAGGAAUUAAGAGAGAUAUGAGAAAGUGUUUUAUAGUGGUAAGCCGAACGAAAAGGAUCGUGAAAGAAGAGUCGAGUUAAAGGGAAGUAAAGGAUUGAAGAUAAAAAAAGAAAUAAGGAUUUGAUAUAAAGUAGAAGAGAGAGAAAGAGAAAGAAAGAGAGAGAGAGAGAGAGAUAGAAAGAGAGAUAGAAAGAGAGAGAGAGAGAGAGAGAGAGAGAGAGAGAAAGUGGGAUAGAGAAAAUCGACUCUAGAUCUCUUCUCUUCGAAGUUGCACGGGCUUAUCCGUAGAAAGAUAUAGAGCCUGGAGAAUCGGUUUACGAUAGAAGGAUUCCUCGGAAAGAGAUCGAAGCCGAUUAACGCGAUCGUCUGUAAUUAGCGAUCGUAAAAGCUCCACUCGGGUGUUCUGAAUCUGCUUUCGUGACCGAUCGUUUCCUACGAGAAAAGGUGGGCGACCGAGUCGAGGAGGGAGGAAUAGUUCACAGUUCGAGAGGGGGCGAGGGAGGAGAGGAGAAGGAAGGAGAACAAAAAGAAAGAAAAAAAGAAAGAAAAAAAAAGAAGAAAAGAAAAAACGAAAGAGAUAAAAAGUACAGUGAAUUUGGAAUUUGGAAGGUGUGAGAUAUAUCUGAUUCGAUCUGAUCGAAGUUCAAAGAAGGCCAUUGCGAACCCCUUUCUAACGAAUUAUAAGCGUCUUCGUCGCUGCCACCCCCGCCGCCACAACCCCUGCCGAUCUCGUUCGCCGCUGUUCGUCCCCCGUGAAUCGAACAAUCGAUGGUUUUCAAACGCAAACUUUAAGAAGAUGCAUUUGCAAGGAAAAAAGUGAGAACUCCGUUCAGUGUUCCCCUUUCUUUCACUGAUCCUUUCUUUUUUUCUUUUCCAUUCUUUUUUUUUUUUUUUUUCCUUUCCCAUCCUUCCCGGACGAUUUCCGCGACGCGACGCAAAGCAAAGCGACGAUUAUUACAGUUCACCUCAAAUCGUCGUUUAUUUGCGUUUAUCAGCAAAUCUCGCCAUUCUUUUGAUAUCGUGAUAUUCAUCGUCAAGAAAAGGAGUUGCCGAUAGAGGAAGAACAAAGAUGUGCCCUAGCCGUUCCCUUCUACUUUUUUACGUCCUCGGUGUCUUCUUGAUCAUAAAUGAAUCCGAGGCAAGCUGGGAGGAAUGGUGGACUUACGAUGGUAUUUCGGGACCAUCGUUUUGGGGUCUGAUCAAUCCGCAAUGGUCCCUUUGCAGCAAAGGAAGACGACAAAGUCCCAUCAAUAUCGAGCCCGACAAGCUGCUUUUUGACCCCCACUUGAGACCGGUGCAUGUCGAUAAGCACAAGGUUUCCGGACACUUGCACAACACCGGCCAGUUUCUGGUCUUCCGAGCGGACAAAGAGGCCAAAAUAAGAGUCAAUAUAACGGGUGGUCCGUUAGCAUAUCAUUAUCAAUUCGAAGAGAUAUAUAUUCAUUACGGAUUGGACGAUAAUCAUGGCUCUGAACAUCGUGUCGACGAUUAUGCUUUUCCAGCCGAAAUACAGGUGUACGGAUUUAACGCCGAGCUCUAUCAUAAUAUCAGUGAGGCACAACACAAGAGUCAAGGAUUAGUCGCAAUUUCGCUAAUGGUCCAGCUCGGUGAAACCUUAAAUCCGGAACUACGUAUUAUCACGAGCGUAUUUAGCAAGGUUCUUCACAGAGGCGAUACGGCACAGGUGAGUUAUCUAUCCUUGAGAAGUUUACUUCCGGAUACGAAUGGUUACAUGACUUACGAAGGGAGUACAACACAUCCAGGAUGUUGGGAAACUGCAGUUUGGCUGAUACUUAACAAACCUAUUUACAUUACUGCACAAGAGUUGUAUGCCCUGAGGAAACUCAUGCAGGGUCCCGCCAGCGCCCCGAAGGCACCCCUCGGUAAUAAUUCCAGACCCUUGCAAGACCUUCAUCAUAGGACUAUACGAACGAACAUCAAUUUCCGCAAGCCAACGCUUGGCGAGACGACAGAUCCUUGUCUCACAACGUCGUUUGAGUUGUUCGCACAAUCACGCGCUUUCAACGGGACACCUUUUCUUUUCCAAGGAGGUGGCGUAGGUGGAGACGAAGGCGGAGACGAAAACAGUGGUGUAGGAGGAGGAGGAGGAGGAGGAGGAGGAGAAGGAGGAGGAGAAGCAGGAAAAGGAGAAAUAGGAGGAGGAGGAAGUGGAGGAGGAAGUGGAGGAGAAGGAGGAAAAGGAGGAGGAGGAGGAGGAGGAGGAGGAGAAGAUGGAGAAGGAGAAACGAAAAGGAACGAACACGGACGAGACUCGAAGUUUAAUCGCGAGAAAAUAAAGACCGGGACUGACUGACUGCACUCGGAAUCGGUCGACGACUCUCGCUCGUCUUCUUCGUCGUCGUCGUCGGACUAGAAAAGAAACUAUGUACUUGUGUUUUAAGAGUGUAGAUGUGUGCGAGUAAGAAUCCAAACGCGCCGCGCGACAUGGACGAUGAAAAAGAGAGAGAGAGAGAGAGAGAGAGAGA